UACUUUCUGGAGUCCUGGACUUUUAACAAGUCUGUUGAAUGACUGCAAUUGAGCCAGAAGCCAGGUUGCCAGAACACAAAAGAUUUAAAGAAGAUUAGACAACAUCUACAUGCAAAACUCAAUGACAGGCUCCGAGUCUUCUUGGAACAACCCAGGGACUAUACAUGCAUUACCUUUGACCCAGGUGGCUGCAGCUGCUCAUCACUUCAAAUGUGUGGCAGACAUCGGUACACAGCUAGGUAAGAGAAGCGGACAAGUAUGGAUUUGCAAAUGUUUGUGACUUUCAGUCCUGGCAAUUGGUUGUUAUUGCUGGUGGCCCUUGAGUGCUCUGAAGCAUCUUCUGACUCGAACAAGCCUGCAAAUCCCACUGCCCAGCAUGCACCUAAUGCUCGCUUCGCUGCAGCCAGCUCAGAGCCAGAUGAGAGGAUAUCUGUUUUUGAACUGGACUAUGAUUAUGUGCAAAUUCCUUAUGAGGUCACCCUCUGGAUACUUUUAGCAUCUCUUGCAAAAAUAGGCUUCCACCUCUACCACAGGCUGCCGCACCUCAUGCCUGAAAGCUGCCUGCUCAUCCUGGUGGGGGUGCUGGUGGGCGCCAUCAUCUUCGGCACCGACCACAAGUCGCCUCCGGUCAUGGACUCCAGCAUCUACUUCCUGUACCUCCUGCCCCCCAUCGUGCUGGAGGGCGGGUACUUCAUGCCCACACGGCCCUUCUUCGAGAACCUGGGCUCCAUCCUGUGGUGGGCCGGCCUGGGCGCCCUGGUCAAUGCCUUCGGCAUCGGCCUGUCCCUCUACCUCAUCUGCCAGGUCAAGGCCUUCGGGCUGGGCGACGUCAACCUGCUGCAGAACCUGCUGUUCGGCAGCCUCAUCUCGGCCGUGGACCCCGCGGCCGUGCUGGCCGUGUUCGAGAAAGCGCGAGUGAAUGAGCAGCUCUACAUGAUCAUCUUCGGGGAGGCCUUGCUCAACGACGGCAUCAGUGUGGUCUUAUACAAUAUAUUAAUUGCCUUCACAAGGAUGCAUAAAUUUGAAGACAUAGAGGCUGUGGACAUUUUGGCUGGAUGUGCCCGUUUCGUCAUUGUGGGGGUUGGGGGAGUGCUGUUCGGCAUCGUGUUUGGAUUUAUCUCGGCGUUUAUCACACGCUUCACUCAGAAUAUCUCUGCCAUCGAGCCGCUCAUCGUCUUCAUGUUCAGCUACCUGUCAUACCUGGCUGCUGAGACACUCUACCUGUCCGGAAUCUUGGCAAUCACGGCCUGCGCGGUGACAAUGAAAAAGUAUGUGGAAGAAAACGUGUCCCAGAAAUCCUACACAACCAUCAAGUACUUCAUGAAGAUGCUGAGCAGUGUCAGCGAGACCUUGAUCUUCAUCUUCAUGGGCGUGUCCACUGUUGGGAAGAACCACGAGUGGAACUGGGCCUUCAUCUGCUUCACGCUGGUCUUCUGCCAGAUCUGGAGGGCUAUCAGCGUGUUUGCUCUCUUCUAUGUCAGUAACCAGUUUCGGACUUUCCCCUUCUCCAUCAAGGACCAGUGCAUAAUCUUCUACAGUGGUGUUCGAGGAGCUGGAAGUUUUUCACUUGCAUUUUUGCUUCCUCUGUCUCUCUUUCCUAGGAAGAAAAUGUUUGUCACUGCUACUCUAGUAGUUAUAUAUUUUACUACAUUUAUUCAGGGGAUCACAAUCGGCCCCCUGGUCAGGUACCUGGAUGUUAAAAAGACCAAUAAAAAAGAAUCCAUCAACGAAGAACUUCACAUUCGUCUGAUAGAUCACUUAAAGGCUGGAAUCGAAGAUGUGUGUGGGCACUGGAGCCACUACCAAGUGAGAGACAAGUUUAGGAAGUUUGAUCACAGAUACCUGAGGAAAAUCCUAAUCCGAAAGAAUCUUCCAAAAUCAAGCAUUGUUUCUUUGUACAAGAAGCUGGAAAUGAAGCAGGCUAUCGAAAUGGUGGAGACUGGGAUCCUAAGCUCUACAGCUUUCUCUGUGCCCCAUCAGGCACAGAGGAUCCAAGGAAUCAAAAGGCUCUCCCCUGAAGAUGUGGAGUCCAUGAGGGACAUUCUGACACGCAACAUGUACCAAGUUCGACAAAGGACCCUGUCCUACAACAAAUACAACCUCAAGCCCCAAACAAGUGAGAAGCAGGCUAAAGAGAUCCUGAUCCGCCGCCAGAACACGUUCCGGGAGAGCAGGAAAGGCCACAGCCUGCCCUGGGGAAAACCGGCUGGCACCAAAAAUAUCCGUUACCUCUCCUUUCCCUACGGCCAUCCUCAGUCUGCCGGAGGAGACUCUGGGGCUGCUGAAUUCACAGAUGAUGAAAACAGUGAUCCCGGACUCCCGUUCAUCAAGCUUAGCACAGGAUCUCAGACAGAAUCACUUCAGAAAAGGCAGAUGCAAGAGGCUAUCCCAAUGAAGAGCCUACAUGGAGAAGGGAAGGCAUUCAGCUCCCGUUAUCAAAGAGAUGCGAACCAAGAAGGGGCUGUGGGAGGAGGCAGGAGGGCCGCCUCAAGGCCCAAACCACUGUUUCACGUGGUGGAUGAGGAGUAUGAAUCUGGAGUGGAGAGUGAGCAAGAGUCCCCAGCAGCUGCGUCCAGAUGGACAGCGGACCACAGAGAAGACAGCAGGGAACACCACAAGUCCCACACUCCUUUGCUCCAAAGAAAAUAGUGUUACUGUUUCUAUGUGUUUUCAAGAGUCUAUCUCCCUGUGACAGCGAAAGGAGGGUUUUUGAAGUUCAGAAGAGAGCUGCUGAGUUUGCUUUUCUGGAUCUAUUAGCUAUGUAUCUACAGAGGCAGGACAUUUUUUCAGAAGUCUGGGAGCAGACUCCCAGGCGGUACCAUGUUCUUAGCGGAUGUAACUUUGCAGAUGAAUAAUUCUCUGUGAGUGAAAGAAGCCAUUCACCCCAGGAAUUAGUCACUAAGAAUUCCUAAGAACUUUCUAUCUAGAAUGAUCCAUGUCACAUAUUUCAACAGGUGUGGAUGGUCAGUAAUUUACAUGGAUUAUGUGCAUGUGCAACUUGCAAUCCAAGUAGAACCAGAAGGGGCCUUUGAAGCCCCCUGGCUCAGCCCCUUGAGUUUACUGACAAGGACACCUCAUCAGAGGCCGUGUGGUGAGAUCACCUUCUGCCCUUCCUCCCAUGUCAAUGCAUUCAAUUUCGAUUUUGAUAUUUGAUAUGCAAUAACUGUAUUUCAACAGAGGGAUAAAAUUUAUUGUAGCAUUGAUGUAUUUAAUCAGCAGCAAUGAUGGACAUGAUGUGCAUUGUAGGAUUAAUGUGAACAAUGGGCUUACAAUCUAUUUUAUAAUCAGAAUAUUUAUUUUAAGAAUAUUAUAAACAAAACAGCCACAACAGUUUAAUAGCAGUGACAUGAACAGCAGGCAUUCAUUAGGUGUGUGUGUGCACUAGGGUUUGAAACUAUUUCCCAAAUUAAUUUUCCAUCCUAAUUAUCCCCCAUAUUUGACCUUGACUCUUAUACUCCAGUUUUCCAGUUAUAUUUAUCUUUCCUCCCUCCUUCUCUUCUCUUCUCUAUGGCCUCCUGUGAGUUAAUAUACAUUCUCAAGUGUUAUUUUAUUAUGCCAAAUAACUAACCUGUAAUACUCAAUUAGCCAAAUACCAUUUUAAUAUCAAUGUUUUGGGAAUCUCUAUCAUCCCUGACUGAUUUAAUCUUCUACAUCUUUAAAGGCCAUGAUCGAAUGCAGCCUGUCCCCUAGAACAGGGUUCUCUACCUUGAACCCCUGACUUACUCUUCGGUGUCCCCAAAGCCCUUUGGAUAUACUACGGAAUUUACCUGUGAAUUAUGUUUAUACAUCUACAUGUGGGUCUGUUCUGCUGGUCUAUGGCCUGAAGGACAGGGAGAAUAGUUUGUUCAUUUUACUUUUUGUUUUUUUAUUUUUAUUUUUGCAGUUUUUGGCCGGGACUGGGUUUGAACCUGCCACCUCCGGCAUAUGGGGCCGGCGCCCUACCCCUUUGAGCCACAGGCACCACCUAGUUUGUUCAUUUUAAGUUUCAUCCAUUUAUCUGUUGUGUUUUUUAUGUCAUUGAUUUAUCUUUUUGGUAUUUUUUAGAUUUUAUCAAUUUUUUCUUUUUUUUUGGUUAUUAUAGUGCCUUGUACAAGGUCGAUUUUCUAUAAAUGUUGAACUGGCAAUAAGGAAAGGACUUUGGAAAAGGCAUCAGUGGACAUUCUUAUUUUCCAGGUGACAGGUCUUGAGAUACUAUCUGAUGCUGGCUCAGGGUUUGCUUUUCCUUGAAGGAUGUGGGCUUGUCCUCUAGCAUAGCCUAUGGAUAUCUAGUUACUGACUAAGGACAUGCACUCUCCCUUGGAUUUAUAUUUUAUAAAUGAACUUCACUCAGGUUCCUACUGCAAUGGUAGACAAGGCCACCAAAGAAGCUCACUUGUCUGUCUUCUGAAUCUGAAAUAUAAUGCUACUUCUGGAUUGUCCAAAUAUCUUGAUUUUAAUGAAAAUUAAACAAAACUAAACAAUAGCAUAUAAAACUCAGGGAUAUCUGUGGUUUUUUUUUUUUUCCUUUUGUUUAAACAAGCAAUCCAAAGCAACACAAAAAUCUUAAACCACAGAUGGAGAUACAGACACAGAAGAGUCAUCAGAAUUCACCUUUCCUUCCCGUGUCAGAAGUAAGAGAGAUUCUUGAGAGCCAAAGAGUGUCUAUGUCCCUUAGGGGGACUCUCACCACAUAACAGAAAUCCAAAUUGUGAAGGCCCAUUCCCAGAGCAGCCAGCAAGGUGUACGGCUUAGUGGAAUCCAUCUAAGUCUCCUGUUUUCUCUGAGAUGCUGGUGCCAUUAAGAUGAGGGGUGGUAGGAUUUAGAACAACUGGAAUAAAUCACAAUGGAGUUGUUUUCUCUAACAACACUGGCUGGCCAUGGCUGCCCAAGCUUGGAAAGUGGCCCUGAGCUUCUGCCUGAAAUGUGUAGCAGGUGGAAGGCCCCUGUGAUCCUGGUGGCUCUGUUGGACUCAGAGAGCUCACAGCCAAAAUGGUGCCUUUAUUUGAUCAUCCAGUGAAAUUUCAAAAUGCAGUGUGAUCUGGUCUCCCCUCCACACUCUCCUGAGUGACAGCCUCUUUGAAGAUUGGUUCAAUGUAUAAUAGGUACAAAGUACUAUAGGUA